UACAUGUUACGAUUCACCUCCGGACGCGGCGCGCGACGACGUCGCGCAAUAGUACACGUGCUUAUGUUAUGUGAAGUUGAAGAGGUCAAGUUGGAGUCUUGGUAAAAGUUAUGAUGUUUGUUAGAAAUGUUGUCACUUCAGCCACAUACACCCGACGACUGAUCUCAAAAACCAUAGCAACGAGUGGGAAAAGAUCAGUGAAACUUGCAUAUGAUGUUAUUGGACCGGAAUCAUCCACAAGCAUUACUCCUAUUGUCAUUCUGCAUGGACUCUUUGGAUCAAAGAACAACUGGGCUACAUUAGCAAAGAAGAUCAACAGAGAAACACAGCAAACAAUCUUCACAGUUGAUGUGCGGAAUCAUGGGGAUAGUGAACGCGGUGAGGGAAUGGGGCUAACGGCAAUGAGAGAUGACCUCUUGAUACUUUUGAAGAAUGACCUCCAAGUGGAACGAUGCAUUCUGAUUGGCCAUAGUCUGGGAGGCAGAAUUGCAAUGGUUACUGCAUUGAGUGAGCCUCAACUAAUAGACAAGCUGGUUGUUGUUGAUGUGUCUCCAGUGCGUACUGAAGGUGUUUACCAGUUUCCAGAGUUCAUCUCGGCAAUGAAGGCAGUACAGUUUGACCAGAGUGUGUCUCUGUCACAAAAUAGAAAGCAUGCUGGACAACAACUGCAGUCAGUUAUUACAGACAUGGGUCUCUUACAGUUUAUUUUGACCAAUGUUGUUGAACGGGAUGGGCGUUGCCAGUGGAGAUUUCACCUUGAUGGUUUGGAGGCUGGUAUACAGGACAUCCUAGCUGAGUUACCAACAUGCCACACCAGAUAUGAUGGGCCAGUGAUCUUCAUCAGGGGUGGCAGAUCUAGUUAUGUCAGAGUGGAGAACCUUCCUGCAAUAAAGAUGCUUUUCCCCACUGCAACAAUUACAACAGUAGAAGGUGCUGGGCACUUUGUUCAUUCUGAAAAACCAGCAGAGUUCAUGCAGGCUGUCGUACCCUUCUUGAGGAGCUAAUAACAAGACUGAUCCUCGGGAAGCGGUAAUCUGUUUCGAGCAUCAAAUUACAUGCUUAUAUUUAUUUAAUUCCACUUUUUGUUGUAUAUUGCAUAUUAUCAAGUGGUACAGUAUUUAAUUUACUGGGAACUGAGACCUGUCAAAAUUCCUUUUUACCAAAAAGUUGUCUCUCGCUUAGGAUUGGAAAACUUGUACUAGUUUGUUCUGACAGAGCCGUCCCUGUUUCUCUUUGUCAGAUAUUUAAUAUUGCUAUAAUUGUGACUCCAGGUAUGAUAUUGCACCUCAUGGCAUGUGUGGGUAUAAUGGCUUCUGACUUGCACUAAUGGAUUUGACUUCUUGAACACUGUAAACUAGAAUAAGAUACACGUACACCACAGUCAGUUUUUCCUGGUUCAGACAAAACUUAAAGUGAAUAGAUGAAUUAUCCAAAAUUACUGUAAUUCCUGUCAGCCAUUUUCCAGGUUUGUAAAGUUGCUAAUGCUUUUGGCGUUGUAGUUGUCAGAUGCCAUCUCUAGCCACAUGUCAGGCAUAAAAUUGUAUCACCUCUUGGAGUUAUCCCCAUUCAGAACUGCUAUGUAGUGCAAUUUUUCUUUUUCUAGUUUUUUAUUUUUCUAUUGCAUGAGGGAAUUUGUUGGAAAUAAGACCAUACGCUUUUCCCCAAUAAUACAUAUGUUAUGACGUAACACUCCUAAAAAGAUGGGAGCUGAAUGGAUGCGAGUGUAGAUUGUGCUUGAUACAAAUGGCUGUGAGUAUAGUCUACACCAUGCCACAAUGUUUGACACUGUUCUACUUAGCAAUUUCCAGCUUUUUAGUCUUGUUUAAUCCAGAAUUCCAACAUAAAGUGCAAAAGUAGAGAAAGAAAUCAUCUUACAUUGUAUUUCCACUUGCCCUGAUCCUUGAAUAGGCCACACUGGCUCAGCAUACAUGCAGCAUGCAACAUUUCACACCACAUUUUACGUUUGUAGAAUGGUUGCCGUCAACAUGAAUGUCUUGGACCUAACAGCCAGGCUACCAGCUGCAUUGACCAUGCUACAACAUGGGAGCAUACUUUAAUGAAUCAAUCAAUGCACAUGUACUUUUAUUUUUGAUAUUUAACAACAAAACAAUGAAUGAAAGAAGUGUCAUAGGGAACAAGAUAAAACUAUGACGGUUCACUCAGUCUGCAAA